AUGGGGCAAGGCAAAGUUGUUUUAGAUCGAGAACUUAAUAAGUAUGUUUCAACGCCCCGAGUGAAAUCCUAUUUUUCAGUGGACACAGCUUACGUCGCAAAGAAAUUGGCUCUUCUUGUUUUCCCUUUCAUGAAUAGAGAUUGGUCGAUAAAGUACAAUCCAGAUGAGCCAGUACAGCCACGAUAUGAACUGAAUGCACCUGACCUGUACAUACCUGCAAUGGCUUUUGUCACAUAUUUGCUCAUCGGUGGUAUAGCACUUGGCAUUCAAGAGCGUUUCAGUCCUGAAGGAUUAGGCAAUCUGGCCAGCACAACACUAAUCUUGUUGCUUCUUGAAUUUUUCGGCCUUAGGAUGACACUGGACGAUAUGAAUAUUGAAACGAAACUUAAUUCAUUUGACUUUCUGGCAUUUUCAUCUUACAAAUAUGUCGGAAUGAUUGUUGCUGUCGUAGUUAGCUUCAUUAUGCCAUAAGCCUAUCAUUUUGCUCUCGUAUAUUUUAGUGCAGCCACCAUGGUCUUCUUAAUUCGUUCCCUGAAAUUUCAUUUAAUCCCAGAGUCAUCGCCUGACGCGUAUGCUGAAAACAAUGCUAGUUUCAGCGUGGAGGGCUCCGAACGCCGGAUCGGCUUUUUGUAUUUCAUGGGAGCGUUGCAGCCACUUAUGAUGUGGUGGUUAACUGGACCACUAGCACGCCCAUGGAUCAUGUGACAGUAGAACGAAUGGAGCGCUUCCCCAUUUCAUCUGAUUGACCAGUCUCUUCUCCGGGCGUGUUUUCGUUUUCAGAUGUUAUAAAUUUUUGCCAAGACCUAAAUUCUGAAUGCAAUGUCAUUUGAAAAAUUUGAAA